AUGGACACGAAAGGUGGACUUCUCUCGUUUAACAACUUUUUGUCAACUAGUACAAAACAACAGGUCGCUAUGGUAUUUGUUGAACGUGCGAUGCACAAGAAUAAAGACAUUGUGGGUGUUCUCUUUAUCAUGACAAUUGAUUCAAGUAAAGUCACUGCUUCAACAACUCCAUUUGCACUUAUCGACGAAUACAGUGCUAUAAAAGGCGAAAAAGAAAUUUUAUUCUCAAUGCACACUGUAUUUCGUGUCGAUGAUAUUAAACAGGCAAUCGACAACAGUCGUCUAUGGGAAGUGCAAUUGGCUCUCACAGACGAAAAUGAUCCACAACUGGCUGCUCUCACCAAAAGCAUGCGAGAGGAAAUCAACGGCACUGGAUGGUAUCGAAUGGGUGAGCUGAUGCUCAAAGUGGGUCACUUCAAUCAAGCUGAAGAACUCUACAAUGAAUUACUCAAAAAUGCUUCCAACGAUAGUGAUAGAGCAGAUAUUUAUCACCAGCUUGGAUGGUUGAAAGAUGAUCAAGGACAAUAUAAAGAAGCAGUUUCAUUCUAUGAAAAGUCUCUUGAAAUAGAGCGGAAAAAUCUUCCGGAAACUCAUUUUUCAUUGGCUAGCAUCUACAUCAACAUCGGCCUUGCAUAUAACAACAUGGGCGAUUACUUGAAAGCACUUGAAUUUUACGAAAAAGCACUGAAAAUCAGAGAAAAUGCUCUGUCUCCGAAUAAUCCUGAUUUGGCUACUUCCUACAACAACAUCGGUGGAGUAUAUAAAAACAUCGGUAACUACUCGAAAGCACUUGAAUUUCACGAAAAAGCACUGGAAAUCAGAGAAAAAUCUCUACCUCCAAAUCAUCCAGAUUUGGCUGCUUCUUAUGGACAUAUUGGAUUGUUAUCUUCUAAAAUGGGAGAGCAUACUAAAGCAGUUGUAUAUUGUGAACGGGCUUUUAAAAUAAUGGAAAAUUCAUUGCCUCCAAACCAUCCACAUAUUCAAUUAUAUAGAAAUAACCUCGACUAUGUGAAAAAGAUGUAA